CCAGAAACAAGUUAUUUCAUCGUCUUCUCUUUCGUGCGCAUCAUCAUCAGCAGCAACAGCCCUCGAUCUUCUCGCCCCCACCUCUUCCAUCCAAACCUAUCUUUGGUUGCAUCUAAUCCAUCUAUCUUAGUUUCAUUGACGUGUUCGAUGAUUCUGCAGAAAUUUAGGGGUGAACAGUUUAUCUCUGUGGAAUUGCUGUUGGGGUUGCAUGCAUUUUGAGCCUCAUUUGACUUAAUUGGUUCUUCGUCAACUUAGCUUCUGGCUUUUCUAGGAACAAGAUUUUUGCAAAUACAAUUUCCUCACUCAUAAUACAAUUUCCUCACUCAUCAGUUACAGGUAUUAUCUUGAGAAUGACGACCGGUACAAGAGCAGGCACACGAUUGACCAAGCGCAGGCUUCUUUCUCGUCAGGAUAAGUCAACUCCAUAUCCAUGCUGGGAGGUUUCAGAUAAGGAUGUGCGUCACCCAAAGAAGAAACACCAUAAAGCAAUUGCCCAGAAGAAAGACUGGGAAGAUGCAACUUGUUCUGUUUGCCUAGAGUACCCGCAUAAUGCUGUCCUCCUCCUUUGUUCCUCCCAUGACAAGGGCUGCCGUCCAUACAUGUGUGCCACGAGCUACCGCUACUCCAACUGCCUUGACCAGUUUGAGAAGGCCUACGCCAAGCUUCUGUCUGAUGAAGAAAACCUGCGUAGUACUGGAGCUGAGAAGUCCGCAGCAGCGGAGCUUGCUGCAUGUCCACUUUGCAGAGGGCAAGUUAAAGGUUGGACAGUUGUUGAACCGGCUCGCGAAUAUCUUAAUGCCAAGAAGAGAAGCUGCAUGCAAGAGAACUGCUCAUUCGUUGGUGCAUACAAAGAACUAAGGAAGCAUGUCAGGAGGGAACAUCCAUGUGCACGUCCACGGGAAGUCGACCCUGCACUCGAACAAAAAUGGAGGCGACUUGAAAAUGAAAGAGAACGUGAUGAUGUGAUGAGCACAAUAAGAUCAUCUAUGCCGGGGUCAAUGGUUUUUGGUGAUUAUGUAAUAGAAAGGAACAGCCAUCACAACUUUGAUGCUAUGGACGAGGAUGAUGAUGAUGAUGAGGAAGCAGAUGAUGACGACGUAGGAAGUUUCGAUUUGGGACUUGAAGACAAUAACUUUCUAAAUGUAUUUUUCCUUCUUCAUGCAAUUGGGCCAGCUGGAAAUCACAGCCUAAACACACGUCUGAGGCGGCAAGAGAGGCACCGUAGUCUAUUGGAUGGAGAAAGGGUGGGUAGGGGUGGUGGAAUUGGAAACCUCAUAGCAGCGGGAAGUGGUGGCGAAGUUGAAGCUGCUCCUGUGUCCGAAGAUGACGAAGACGACGAUGAUGAUGUGUCCACACAUGUGCAGCGCCGAGGUCGUGUGCUUCUUAAUAGAUCGGAGAGGAGACGGAGACGACGAAGCCAGAGGAGAUCAACAGAUAUGACCUGACCAGUGAAAGCAGGAAGGGGAAUGGAAGAAAUUCAGAUGUUUAGGCUUUAUUUAGCAAAAUUAGGCAAUGUUCUUGGAUUUGCCUUUGUUUAUUUGAUUUAAAGUGGAGGGGUCGUUUGACUGGUUGGGUAUAUGGAAAGGAAAAAAAGAGACCAGAUAUUGUAGUUUCUCUCUUUCUGCCUCUGGUUUGUCUUGUUUAUCUCUGUUUUCCCAUCUUUCUGGUUUCUUUGGAAUGAAAUAAUUAAAUUGGGGAUUAAAUCCUUGCAACUGUAGACAGCUUGUUCAUGACCCUAUUCAUUAGAUUUUGAAAUUUGUAAAAAUCUAGAAACUGCUGACAUUAUUGUAAA